AUGAACUCUCUGUUCAUCUCCUUCCGCCGGAUCCUUCCCUUAAACCCUAAUCCUCAUUAUCACUUCCUUCUUCACAAACUCUUAUCAUCUCGCCCUUCAUGGCCGCCCAUUCCCGUCGAGCCAUUCAUCCAACGGUUACAGUCACCCGCCGCGCCCGAUUCUUCAUGUACUCCACCGCAUCAAAUCGCCCUCCCCGAUUUCUCACCGACCGAUAUCUCCACCAUAUCGAAUCUUCUCGAAAACCCGAACAUUGUUCCCGGCCCAACUCUCGAGUCCGCUCUGGAUCAAACCGGAAUCGAACCGAGCAUCCAGUUGGUUCAGGCGCUGUUCGAUCGGUUAAGUUCAUCGCCGAUUCUCCUCCACUCCGUAUUCAAAUGGGCCGAGACGAAACCCGGAUUCACACCUUCUCCUUCACUAUUUAACUCUGUAAUCAACGCUUUGUGUAAAGCUCGUGAGUUUGAGAUCGCCUGGUCGUUGGUUUUUGAUCGGGUGAGAAGCGAUGGAGGAUCGGAUUUGGUUUCUGCAGAUACAUUCGUCGUUUUGAUCAGACGGUAUGCUCGUGCACGUAUGGUGCAGCAAGCUAUACGAGCUUUUGAAUUCGGUAAAAGCUACGAUCCGGUUUCUAAAUCAGCUUCGGAACUUAAAUUGCUUGAGAUUUUGUUAGAUGCUCUUUGCAAAGAAGGAAAUGUCAGAGAGGCUUCGAUGUACUUGGAGAGAAGACGAAGGAUGGAUUCAGAUUUUGUUCCCUCUGUUCGGAUUUUCAACAUUUUAUUAAACGGAUGGUUUCGCUCGAGAAAACUCAAGCACGCGGAGAAUCUAUGGGCGGAGAUGAAAGCGAUGAAUGUGAAACCGACGGUCGUCACUUACGGUACUCUCAUAGAAGGAUACUGCAGGAUGCGUCGUGUCGAGAUCGCUAUGGAGGUUCUCGAAGAAAUGAAGAUGGCGGAGAUGGAGCUCAGUUUUAUGGUCUUUAACCCGAUCAUCGACGGUUUAGGAGAAUCCGGGAGGUUACAAGAAGCUCUAGGUAUGAUGGAGAGGUUCUUCGUCUGCGAAUCAGGUCCUACCAUAGUGACUUACAAUUCACUGGUGAAGAAUUUCUGCAAGGCCGGAGAUUUAACCGGAGCUAGCAAGAUUCUCAAGAUGAUGAUGAACCGUGGCGUUGAUCCUACACCGAGGACGUACAACCAUUUCUUCAAGUUCUUCUCAAAGCAUAACAAAACGGAAGAAGGCAUGAACUUGUACUUCAAGCUGAUCGAAGCUGGACAUAGCCUGGACCGGUUUACGUACCAUUUGAUCUUGAAAAUGAUUUGUGAAGAUGGGAAGCUGAGCUUGGCGAUGCAAGUGAACAAGGAGAUGAAGAACAGAGGAAUCGAUCCGGACUUGUUGACGACGACGAUGAUGAUGCAUUUGCUGUGCAGGCUCGACAUGUUGGAAGAAGCGUUGGAAGAGUUUGAGAACGCGGUGAGGAGAGGGAUUAUUCCACAGUACAUCACGUUCAAGAUGAUCGAUGACGGGCUGAGAACGAAAGGGUUGAUCGAGAUGGCGAAGAGACUGUCCAGUGUAGUGUCGUCUCUUCCUCCUCACUCGAGGAAGCUGCCAGAUACGUACAGGGAAGUGGUUGAUGCGCCGCUUGAUAGAGAUAGAAAGAAGUCUAUAUUGCAUAGAGCAGAAGCAAUGUCUGAUGUGUUGAAGGGUUGCAGAAACCCUAGGAAGCUCGUGAAGAUGCGUGGAUCGCACAGAAAUGCUGCUCGUGAAGACGAGAAGUUGGUAGAUGAUCUAAACGAACGAGAUGGAGGAGAUGCAGGGGAUGUUAAGUGA